CCGCGUUGGCCUUUUGCUUUGCUUUCUGGUGCCUCCACCUUUGCUUCUCAACUUUCCUUCUUCUUCUUGUUCAUUUUCUUCGCUAAAAUAAAUUUCACCCAUUAAACCAUACAUUUAUAAUCUCGCAAUGGAUCAAUCGUUAUUAUUUUCAAUUUAAUUUCUAGUUUUGAUCCGAUCUGGAAAGAACCCACAAAUUCUAGCCACUUUAUCAGUGUUUUUCGAAGAUUUUCCUUCAAGAAUAAUGAUAAACUGUUCUUUAAUCUGCAUUCUCUAAUAAGUGCCUAUGUCGACGAACUUAAAAGAUUCACUCGUUGAGGGUACUUCACUGCCUGUGACUCCCGAAGCGGCAAUUUCUGUUGAGUAUCUUCCUCCUUCUGUCAUUGAGACUAGUCGUCCUCCUCUUGUGCGAUCUAUUAAACAACAUAGAUAUGAAGUCUGCUCGUCUGGAUCUAAUGCGAUACCUACAGAUCCAGAGAUGAAGAAAACUUAUACUCGAGCAGAUUCCAUGAUCAGUUCAAUAUGCUCCUAUAAAUCAUCCCAUUUCAGCAUGCAGAAGGAUGAUGCAUCUGAUUUGUUUACAGCACAGUUGAGAUCAAAUAAUGGAAAAAAGCAAAUUCCGGGCAGUGGCAAUGGCAAUGGCAAUGGCAAUGGACAUGAAGAAAUGGGAGAGGAUUCAACUCGGGAGCAGGCUUUGACAUUGGAUAGCAAAGAUUAUAUCCCACAUCCUGUUGAUGAGACCGAGAAUUCCCAUUCUAAUGACCUUUUGGAACCUGUGGAUUUCUCUUUGUAUUCUGCAGCUAAAGGAGCUAUUGAGCUUUUAAACGACAACUUGCCAUCUAAAUCAGGAAAUAGAUACUGCUCGAGUCCUCAAAACAGUUUUUACUCAGCACAGUACGUGGAAGCCAAACAGAGCUUUACAAACACUGAAGUUAGUGAAUGUGCGAGCAGUGUCAAGAAGUCUGGUAAAAGUGGGGAAGUUAGCAACUUGUGUGAUUAUAUGGAGAGUGGGAAAACGAGUAUCCAUAGAGGCAGCACGAGCAGCGAUGUUAGUGAUGAGAGCUGCUCAAGUAGUUUCAGUAGUGCUAUGUACAAACCACACAAAGCAAACGACACAAGAUGGGAAGCAAUUCGAGCAGUCCGAUCUCGUUAUAAUGGAUCAUUGGAAUUAAAGCAUUUCAGAAUGUUGAAGAGAUUGGGAGGUGGUGAUAUAGGCAGUGUUCAUCUAGCAGAAUUGAUUGGAACAAGAACUUAUUUUGCCAUGAAAGUGAUGGAUAAAGAAGCUCUGGCAAGCCGGAAGAAACUUCCCAGAGCUCAGACGGAAAAAGAAAUUUUGCAAUCCCUGGAUCAUCCGUUUCUCCCCACGCUAUAUACUCAUUUUGAGACAGAGAAAUUCUCUUUUCUGGUCAUGGAGUACUGCCCCGGGGGAGAUUUGCAUGCACUUAGGCAGAAACAACCCGGGAAGUUUUUCCCAGAGCAUGCUGCCAGAUUUUAUGUGGCCGAAGUCCUCCUCGCUUUAGAGUAUCUGCACAUGCUCGGGAUCAUUUACAGAGAUCUUAAACCAGAGAAUAUUUUGGUGAGAGAAGAUGGGCAUAUAAUGCUUUCAGAUUUCGACCUCUCAUUGAGGUGCGCUGUGAGCCCGACACUCGUCAAAUUCUCAAAUUCUAGCUCGAAACCAAAGAACUCGGGAUACUGCAUUGAGCCUUCAUGUGCCAUCCAGUCUGCUUGUAUUCAACCCACAUGUUUUGCACCACGGUUCAUAAGCAAGUCCAAGAAAGAGAAGAAGUCCAAACCAAAGUUAGAAAUAAAUAAUCAAGCGAAUCCUCUUCCAGAACUUUUAGCCGAACCUACAAGCGCUCGAUCGAUGUCCUUUGUGGGUACACACGAAUACCUGGCUCCUGAAAUUAUCAAAGGCGAAGGCCAUGGCAGUGCAGUAGAUUGGUGGACAUUCGGGAUCUUUCUAUACGAGCUUCUGUUCGGGAGAACACCUUUCAAGGGAGCAGCGAACAGGGCUACUUUGUUUAAUGUUGUUGGACAGCCUCUAAGAUUUCCAGAGUCGCCUACAGUUAGCUUCGCUGCACGAGACUUGAUCCGAGGUUUGCUGGUGAAAGAACCACAGCAUCGCCUCGCGUAUAGACGUGGAGCUACAGAAAUCAAACAGCAUCCAUUUUUCCAGAGCGUGAAUAUUGAACUACUUCGUCUAAAAUUCAGUUUGAUGAUGUGUAUUUAA